AUGGCUGCACUCCGCAUACCGAUGCUGCGGCACCUCGUCCGUCAACCACUCGCCGGCCCUCGAACCUGCCAACGCCGCUGGGCACGCGUGCAGGACGUCCGCUUUCUCGCUACGCACGGCGCUCAGGAGCGUAUACUCGCAAAAUACAAGGACAAGCUCGAGUCAAAGGCGAAAAAGGAGGGGCUCAAUGGCGUCUCGGAGCUCAAGAAAGCCUACGAGGACAAGAUCCAGGAGCUCAGGAAACAAGCCUCCGUUCCAGGAGCCACCGCACCCUUGACACCUCCACCCUCUCCGCAACCCUCGUCCUCCAGCACAUCACCCGCGCCAACGUCGCCCUGGCCCGCACCACCACCCCCACCAACACCCCAGUCCACCUCCCCAUCUACAUCGAAACCACCCCCUGGCGUCAAAACCCUCGACUCCUUUCUCGCCCUUGACAAGAUAACCUCUUUGCCCGCCAAAGAAGUCCAAGUCCUUUGGCGUCUCCGCCACGCCUCCAAUGCCCAAUCCGUACACUUCUCCCUCCCAUCCUCGACCUUUACCGCGCUUCUUGAGAACGCAAAGCGCCACCCUUCCUUCGUCUUGCCUUUGCCCCGCGAAGUCCCAGCCGACCAGUUGCCCGACGCCAACAUCGAUGCGGCGCAAUCGCAAACAGCCGCCGAGUUACACUACCUUCAGUUCGCGCACCCGCAUGCGAACACGACGACGCUGCUGUUUACAAGUCUGGCAGAAUAUAAGCUGAGAGGGGAGUUUGCGUCGCCGCAUACCACUAUCACAUUUCACUCUGAGCUCGCAGAUUCGCAUGACCUGGUACUUGGCCAAGGCACCGUUGUCGAGGGCCGAGGUGUCACCGUAGACGAAGCACGCUUUCUGUUGAUGUGUAUGCAGAAGUUCUACGUUGUCAGUGAAGAGGGCAGGGGCAGGGGCGAGCUGCUGGAAAUGUUUACACGAGGGGAUGGGGAAUUUCGAGUAGAGCGCUUGCUCGAGGAGGCGGAGAAGAUCGUAUAG